UUUGUCUUCUUGUUGCUUCAGGACUGGAGCCGUCUAGGCUGACUGGAAAGGACUCCAAAAGUGCCAAGUGACUAGAUGGGCUCCAAGGUGACGGACAGCUAGGGAACCGAGAGUGGCCUGUGAAUAGGAAUGCCUGCCCAAAUACCGAGACCAGAGAUAAUGGAUGAAGAUCAGUUAAUGAAAGAAGUCUUGGAUAAGUUUAUUAAUUGUCCUGAGCAAACAUAUGAAGAAUUUCUGAGCACUUUUACUCAUCUUCCAAAAGAGAAUAAUGUGGCCAGAAGGGGAGCAUGUGGAACUGAUUUGUCAGAAAAUAUAUUUACCACUAAAAAAUUGACCCAUAAAAAGGAAUCACAUGAUCAUCAUUUUAGAAAUAGAGCUGUCGUUCCUCAUACUUCAUCAGAAUGCUCGGAAGAUGACCAGAUAGUGAUUGAUGAAGGCCAGCAAGUUGGCAGCUCCCUUCAAGGUGACAUGACCCAGGCUGGAAAGGUCAAGGUAGACAACUUCCUGGACUUAGAAGAUUUGGACAUGGAGGAAGAGAGUGAGCCCCAGAUGAACACGGAUCGGCUGCUACUUCCAGGAGAAGUCGAACAGGAUAUAAGCGCCAGUGUUCCUGCUUAUGUUCCUUCUGUGAACCUGCCUCUCACUUCUGAAGUGAAGCCAAAACCCACUGAGCGAAGAACUCUGAAGCAAAUGGAAGAGAUAUUUGGAGAUGAAGUACAGCCCUUCUUUCUCGAUGAAGAAUUUGAUUAUGACAAUGUGGCUCUCACUCCCAAGUUCACUGCUGGAGAGAUAGCGACCAUCCAAGAGCUGGCCAAGAAAAGGACGAUGGAUUCCAAUACAGACUUUUGUGAACACCAUGACUGAGUCAAUAGAUGUCUUUGUGUUUAGUUUUAUUUUGUCUAUACGCAACCAACAUUAGAAUAAAGCAUACAUCAGCUGA